CAAACACAGGAAUGAAAACAGAAGACUAGACAGAAUAAUAAUAACACAGAUUGAUUCACAAUUUGGAAUGAUGAGUUAUAAGAUACUGUACAUACAGUAGGGUUCCUGACCCUAACUCUAACCCUCAUCCCCUGCAGGAUGUCAUCAGGUCCUGUGGUGGAGAGUGAGGGGAGUAGAGCACAGGCCAAUCUGGCAGUGACUUCAGUGUACAGGGAAGGUCCACCCUCCCACCUGGCUGUGACUGUGUUGAGGGCCACUGGCCUCAGAGCUAAGACCUUUCAUGGGGGCAGCAACCCUUACGCUAUCCUCCAGCUGGGGCAGAGGAGAAUCACCACCCCUGUCAUCCACGAUACCCUGACCCCCCACUGGAACUGUGAGCUCACCUUCCCCCUGCCCUCCUCGGCCCCCCGGGAUGCCACCGCCGCAGCCCUGACCCUGACCAUCCACCACCGACGCUCCCUACUGGCCCUGCCUGAUAAGUUCCUGGGAACUGUGAGCUUCAGGCUGGAGGAUGUUGUCAAGAAGAAGGACGGGAACAAAGAGUGGUAUGUCCUCAAUUCUGAGCCGAGGAAGAAGCUAAAGAAGCGUGGACAUGUGGAAGUGUCUUUCAGGCUGUACAGAGAGAGUAGCUGCCUUCCAUCCCACUCCCAACCUGUCACCCAAACCCAUUCCCAAUCUUUCACCCAGACCUACUCCCAACCCCUCACCCAGACCAAAUCCCUCUCCCACUCCCAACCCUCCACCAUUCUCUCCCACUCCACAAGCCUCUCCCAGCCCUCCAACCUUCCCUCCCACUCCCUCACCCAGCCUCAAUCCCAAUCCCACUUCCAACCCUCAUCCUCCAUCUGCACCAAGAGCCACAUCAGCUGGGAGAGUGACACACACUGCUUACCACCUUCUGUUCAGCCGGUGGUAAAGCAUUGGGAGCCAAACCAUCCAUCUUGUGGAGAGGAGAAUUCUGGAGUGCUGGACUCAGUUCCACCACCAUCUGUACCAGCAGACAGCUCAGACUGCGUCAGCAUCACUACAGCUGAGUGCAGCAAUAACAUCAGAUCAGUAUCCUAUUUCCCUGCAUCCAUCCUCACCUGUGAGACUGGAGACCUGGAGGACGGCCAGGAGGCCAGGGAGUGUCUGCUGGACCCAGGACGAGGACACAACUCCCGUCAGGGUCCCCUGGAGGAGACAUCUACAGCAGGGAGCACCAUCGGGACUCAGACUUCCAGUAAAUUCCAAAUGUUCCCAUUCCAACAUUCCCAAUGCCAAGGGAGGGGGAGAAGGGUCUCUUUCAGGUCCUCCUUCCUUUCCAGACUGAGGCGUCUCCGCUACAGGUUGGACUCAGGCGAGGCCAGCGGGGAGAGGCGGACUCUGAGACUCCCGGUCUGCUCCAGGAUGUUCUCCCGGUCGACCUCCCCACCUUACGACAUGUUCCCCAAGAUAGAUGUGUCAGAGAGGCCACAGGGUUUCUUGUCACGGCUCUUCCCCUGUCUAGGUAGAAGAGAAUGACAAUAAAGAAA